GUUACCUCAAAGAGACCGAGUUGCGAGUCCAUAGUCUGAGAAGCUAUAUCACUGUUUAGUCCUUUCCGGCUUCAUUAUCCCUGAUGAUAAUACACCCCAAUGCAGCUACAGCAUCUACAUAGGCUGUAGACGCGCUGGAAACUCGCGCCGCCUUUGUCAUCUGCACAGCGAGAUCAAUUGCCCAGUUUGUCACCACACUAUCUCUACAUGACCCCAGUGGAUUGGCGCCAAGAUUGCCCCUUGCUCCUUUGGCGUGUGGCUACGCACAGUGCAUGCACCAUCGCUUCGGGUAAUGGGUAGUCAGGGCUGUUAGUGCCUUGGAUCCCUGUGAUUCAGCGAGCCCAAUCAUGGCCAUCAACGGCCAUCCCCAGAUGUUGUUGGAGAGGCUGACGACGUCUUGUUAUCUACUUGUUUCCUUAGCUUCUCCCUUGAUCCCUUGCCUCGUGUGCCUAUUUAGCAUUCGCCACAUCUCGCCCCCCUUCUUUCUCUUUCUCUCCAUCUUGUUCUCGCUUCAGAACACCCGAGACAUUGGCGUCACCGUUGCCAAAAUACCAUAAUUCGAUGAAGGAAACCUCUUCUGAUCAGACGCCUUAUACAGAUCGCAUACGCUCUUGGGCACGAACUCAUGCGUAUGGAGGCUCGAAACGGUCCACUGCUUCCAGUAGUAACCCUACGCUUCCCUUGAGUAAUCCGGCUCGAAACACACCACAACAGGGACAACCACCCGCCAACAAUCAACAUGGCGCUUCCCUCGGCGUCAAUGGCGAUCAAAGCCCCGUCGACCACAUUGCAGAUGGCACUACGAACGUCAGAUCGGAUAGCGACGCAGCCGAUAAGUCAACUUCGCCGGCAUCUAAAGCUGAAGAGUCGCGGACUGUCGUAAGCCCUGGGGAGUCUGAGAAAAAGAAACCGAAUGUCGUGGUCCGAUUCUUUUUGACCACCAAGAAGAUCCUCUUUCAUAGCUGGAUCAAUGUUGGCCUAGUCUUCGUGCCCGUCGGUAUCAUCGUCGCCAACAUCCCGAACUCCAACCCGGGAGCAACUUUCGGAAUCAAUGCCGUGGCUAUCAUCCCUCUCGCUGCAUUACUCAGCUAUGCUACCGAAUCCGUAGCUCGUAAGUUGGGUGACACCAUCGGUGCACUACUGAACGUGACAUUUGGUAACGCCGUAGAGUUGAUUAUCUUCAUCAUUGCACUGGUUAAGGGUGAAAUUCGUGUUGUACAAGCGUCACUUCUGGGAUCCAUUCUCGCGAAUCUGCUCCUCAUUUUGGGUGGAGCCUUCUUCCUGGGUGGUCUACGUUUUCGUGAACAGGUGUACAAUAGCACUGUGACGCAGAUGAGUGCCUGUUUACUCAGUUUGAGUGUCAUCAGUCUGGUUUUGCCGACAGCAUUUCAUGCCUCGUUUAGAGAUACGGCAUUGGCUGAUGAACAGUCUUUGAAAAUCAGCCGCGGUACCAGUGUUAUUCUCCUACUGAUCUAUGUGGUCUACCUCUUGUUUCAACUGAAGUCACACGCGUACAUGUAUGAAUCCACACCUCAGCAUAUCAUUGACGAGGAAUCGACGCCUGGCCCUGCAGCUGCUUGGUUGGAGAGUUCAAGUUCUGACUCCAGCUCUUCAUCUGAUUCGGACUCGGACUCUUCGGCUCAUUCCAGGAAUACCAUGUCACGGCGCGUAAAGCGAGCUAUUCGCCGUCGCCGAAGAAAGUCAAGCCUUGCGUCAAUUGACACUGAUGAUGAGAGAAUUCGCACUCGUACUUCUUCAGUCAACACAAGCCCACUUGCAGAAGGAUCCAAGUCUGGGGAAUCUGCCAAUGGUGCCAGCUUUUUUCCUGCCAACGCAACGGAAAGUGACGACGCCGUAGAUGAAGAGAAGCCCAGGAAAGUCUUCCGCAAACAUCGCCACAAACGGUCUAAACGCAAGCAUCGACAUCACCACAAGGCUUCAACUCCAUUAGGAUCCGAAGGCGCGCUCUCACCUGCCGAGGCCAAUAUCGUCGGCCUCAUUCCUGGAACUGUACAGGGCGAAGUGGCCGAUGGAGAAACCCGACGUGUCGAUUUCGCGGAUAAUGUGAUACCCCUGGAUGGUGCGGUUGAUUCUUCUCCAGCCGGUGUCAAGCGACCAUUUAAUAACCUCCGUGGGCUAUCGUUCCGACCGGUGAAAAACCUCGCGCCGCCAGUCUUCACUCAGUCGGCACAAGCCGGACCAGCUGCUGUGCCUGUGAUUCCUCUUGGGCCGGUGCCUCGCGUCAAGUAUGGUAUUCGGCGGACCAAUUCGCUCCCGGACAAGCUCAAUCAACACCACGCUUCGCGGCCUCCUGGAGCGCUCUUCCCAUCCCAGGUUCCUCCAUCGGUCGCAGCGACCCCUCCAGCCAACACGGGCGAAGAGCAUGAAGAUGAUAUUUCACAGCCGGCAGCCGUCGUCAUGCUUUUGAUCACCACGGCGCUCGUCGCCACGUGUGCCGAGUUCCUAGUUGACUCGAUUCAAGACGUAGUGGAAAGCAGCUCGAUCAAGGAAAUCUUCAUUGGUCUUAUCAUUCUUCCCAUCGUCGGUAAUGCGGCUGAGCACGUGACGGCCAUCACGGUAGCGAUGAAAAACAAAAUGGACCUUGCUAUCGGUGUAGCCAUUGGUAGCUCUAUUCAAAUUGCGCUCUUCAUCACGCCAUUAGUGGUCAUCAUUGGGUGGAUCAUCAACCAGCCGAUGACGCUCUACUUCACCUUGUUCGAGACUGUAUCCCUGUUUGUUUCAGCCUUUAUCAUCAACUUCCUGAUCCUCGACGGCCGUAGCAACUACCUAGAAGGAGCGUUACUCGUAGCUACAUAUGUCAUUAUCGGCAUCAUAGCCUUUUUCUAUCCAGAGGGCAGCGAGGCAAACGAAUGGAGUGCUUAGGAUACCUCCGGUUAACCUCGUUGCACCGUUCUGGGCUAGCUCCCCGAUGAUUUCGAACGCUAACAGAUUCGGACAAUGGGAGCAAAGGCGAAGCAGCCAGUUGAUCAAUUGGUGAGGCUGAUUUAGCUACGAGUGGCAGUGGAUGAACAAAUCACGGGAAUCGGGGCAGAGGGGCAUCAGAGUAUGAGAGGGAUGAGUUCGUUCAGGUUCAACUCAACCAACUUGAGCCCUGGCAUACAAUAUACGCAUACAUAGAUAGGUAGAUAGCUCGUACAUGGAAAUAUUUGUCACGGAUGUAUGAAUCAAAUAUGCGCUCAUUCAGCCCUAUUAUACAUGAAUUUUGGAUAUUAAACAUUCUGAGAUGGUGAUACAUAUAGAUUAUUAGCAAAUACCUAUGGUGAUCUAA